GGUCAACAUUUGUUGGACUUUGACAACUUUUGUUGGUUGUCCCAUAGGAAUUAAGAGGGCAAAAAGAACACAAAUUCACCCCAAAAUAGAAAUAGAAAACCUCUUUAAAAACCUUCAUUUGUUCAAAACAUUUCCCAUUCAUGCACAUCAUCUCCUUGGUUCUCUCUCCCCAUCUUGGCUCUGCCAUUUUUUUUUUACCCCUGAGCUAAGAUGAGUGAGAACAUGCUUCCACAGAUCGGCAGCUCCAACUCCUUCGAUGACGACGGCCGCCUCAAGAGAACCGGGACUAUUUGGACGGCAAGUGCCCACAUUAUAACGGCGGUCAUAGGGUCCGGGGUGCUUUCACUUCCAUGGUCUGUUGCUCAGCUCGGCUGGGUCGCAGGCCCAAUAGCCUUGCUCCUGUUCUCUGUCAUCAGUUACUACACCGCCACCCUUCUGGCAGACUGCUACCGAACGGGUGAUCCUGUAUCCGGAAAGAGGAACUACACUUACAUGAAUGCUGUCCAUUCUAUUCUUGGUGGAGCAAGGUUCAAGCUCUGUGGUACCAUCCAGCACGUGGACCUGUUCGGAACUGGCAUUGGAUACACCAUCGGAGCAGUUCUCAGCAUGAUGGCAAUCGAGCAAUCCUCUUGUUUACGUGACAGCGGAGGGCAGGACCCAUGCCCCGUGUCGAGCAACCGAUACAUGAUUGCGUUUGGGGUGAUUCAGAUUGUGCUGUCUCAGAUUCCAAACUUUACUCACAUAUGGUGGCUCUCGAUUGUGGCUUCUAUCAUGUCCUUCACCUACUCAGGCAUCGGCCUCGCCCUUGGAAUCACCAAAGUUGCAGCUUCCGGGACUUUCAAGGGCACUCUCACGGGGAUAAGCGUCGGAACGAUCACAGAGGCCCAAAGGAUGUGGAGAAUCUUCCAAGCUCUUGGAAACAUUGCAUUUGCUUACUCAUUUGCUCUCGUCCUCAUUGAAAUUCAGGAUGUCAUAAAAUCUCCACCAGCAGAAUCUAAGACGAUGAAGAAGGCUACGUUACUCAGCUCUGUAGCCACGGCCAUUUUCUACAUGCUCUGCGGGUGCAUGGGCUAUGCAGCCUUUGGAGAUCUUGCCCCUGGGAAUCUCCUUAGCGGCUUCGGCUACUUCAAAGCCUUCUGGAUCCUCGACAUUGCAAAUGCAGCCAUCGCCAUCCACCUUGUCGGGGCAUACCAGGUCUACUGCCAGCCCCUCUUUGCCUUCAUUGAGGAUUCAACUGCUAAUCGCUGGCCUGACAGUGACUUCAUCACCAAGGAAUUCAAUGUCCCAAUCCCGGGUGUCAGCUGGAAGCUAAACCGCCUCAGGAUGGUGAACAGAACGAUCUUUGUGUGCCUCACCACUAUAAUUUCAAUGCUUCUCCCAUUCUUUAAUGAUAUAGUUGGGAUCCUAGGGGCAAUAGGAUUCUGGCCUCUCACGGUCUAUUUCCCGAUCGAGAUGUACAUUAAACAGAAGGGCAUCAAGAAAUGGAGCAUAAGAUGGGUCUGCCUACGAACACUGAGCAUUGCAUGCCUCGUGGUUACUCUCCUGGCAUUAGCCGGUUCGAUCGCUGGGGUCGUGUAUAACCUUAAGACCUUCCGGCCGUUCAAGACUGACCUAUUAAACAAAGUCCAAGUAUAGAAAAUGGAGUAUCUUCGGACUCGGAAAUUGGAAUUUGGUUCAUUGUCUCUGGAAAUUGAAUGUCCUAACUAGGGUAGUGUCUGGUGUGGUUUGUGGCUGGCCGUGAAACUUUAUACUUCGGGCUUAGCUCUCUAUUCUUUCUACAGAAGAACUUCUGUAGCCAUUUGAUUUUUAUGUGAAUAAUAUUAUUCAUUCAUAUCGACU